UCACUUCCUUUGGGAGCGAUCGGAGUUUGGGUAAAAGCACCCCGCCCCAACCCAGUUAAAACUGAUGGACAUUUUCCGUUUUGUUUUCAUUUGACUGACGCUCUACGAAACUCGUGAAUCGGCGUGUGGUUAAAAGAAUGUCUUCUUUUGAUUCCUGAGAUUUUAUGUGAGGUCGUGCGAAGUUAACGGGACAUGUUGAUAGGGCGGGGCUCCGAUGAGGGUGCGCCCAUGGGACCAUCUGCUCUGAAAAUUCUGAUUUCACACCGCGAGGUGCUCGUCGAACAGGUGAAAAACACCCAGUGUAUCCUGGACAACCUCCUGUCCAGCGGGUUCGUGUGCAAUGAGGAUGUUGAAAUCAUACAGCGCUCCACCACUAAAACAAACCAGGUGCGUGAAAUUCUGGAAUUGGUACAGAGCAAAGGGGAGGAGGCCUGUGCAUAUUUCAUCCAUAUUCUCCACGAAGCCUAUGAUGCGUACAUUGACCUCAGACCUUGGUUCAAGGACAUCGAGUACAAACCUUCAGAAUUUCUUCAACAAAUACCAGUGGUUAAUACAGACCCAAUUAGCAAGUACAGUGAAAAGCUAAGGCAUGACCUGGGCCGUGACACAUGCUUCAUCACCUCGUACUCUCAACGAGAGGAAACCCGGCUGGAAGAGCUCUACACAGACACCCAGAUGGAGAUUCUCAAUGACCGCAAUGAAAGCCAGGGAUAUCUGGAGAGCCUGGUUGACCUUCUAGGGGAUAACGGCGUGUUCAAUAAGGACGCAGAGACCAUCUUUAUCACAGGAGAUGCUGGUGUGGGCAAGUCCAUUCUGCUGCAGAAGCUCCAGAACCUGUGGUCCAAGAGGGAGCUGAACACCAGGGCAAAGUUUUUCUUUAAGUUCCGAUGCCGGAUGUUCAGCGCCUUCAAGGAGACAGAUGAGAUCUCCCUUAAGGAUCUAAUUUUCAAGCACAACUGCUACCCGGACAUGGACCCAGAUAACGAGGUUUUCAGUUACAUCCUGAGAUUCCCAGAGACCAUCAUAUUCACCUUUGACGGCUAUGACGAGAUCCACAGUGACUUCGACCUAUCAAACGUACCCGAUGUGGUCUCACCAGAGGAAAGAACUCAUCCGCUAUUGGUUCUCAUGAACCUGUUGUGUGGCAAACUGCUCAAAGGCUCCCUGAAGGUGCUGACGGCCCGCACUGGCACAGAGGUUCAAAGCAGGGUUAUCAGGAAGAAGGUAAUCCUCAAAGGAUUCUCUCCAGAUCACCUGCAGAGAUACACUGCUCUGCACUUCCCGAACAAAGAGCAUUUGGCUCUGGUCUCUUUGCAGCUGGAUGCUAGUCCCCACCUCGGUGGCCUCUGCUCAAUUCCCCUCUUCUGCUGGAUCAUCUUCAAGAGCUUCAAGCACCUCCAGUCGAUGUAUAAUGACUUUGAGUUGCCAGACUCCUGUGUCACCCUCACCAGCGUCUUCCUCCUUCUCUCUGAGGUGUUCCUCAGUCGCUCCUCACCCCCAGGACUGUUGAAGAGGAGCACCAGGUGUACUGCUGACACUUUCAGGACGGGCAGCAGAAUGUUGGCAGCCUUUGCCCGUUUAGCCCUCCUGGGCAUAGAGGAGAACAGAUUCGUGUUCCGGCAGGAGGAUGUGACGUCUUGUGGGCUAGAGGAGGAUGACUUACAGGUUGGGUACCUCAAGCCGGUCAGCCAUUAUGAUGCCUGUGGAGGCCAGGCGACCUUUGAGUUUCUCCACGUUACCUUGCAUUCCUUCCUGGCAGCCUUUUCUUUGGUGCUGGAUAAGGACUCUGAGCCCACUGAAGUCUUGAAGUUUUUUGCCCAGUGUGAGUACAGGAAGAGCCACCGCUUCCCCUGUGCGUCCUGUUUAGGCAAGUCACGUCCAAGAGACAAGGAUCCCUUUCAGAACAACGCACAUCUGCAGUUCAUCAACCUGUUCCUGUGCGGCCUUCUGUCAAAACCAAACAUGGCUCUGAUGGAGCACCUGGUCCCUCCGCUCUGCCUGAAGAAGAAGCGAGCAGUGCUCAAGUCCUACCUGUCCAACAGUGUGAAGUUGCACCUCCGCAGCCUCCCCCGCUUCAAGUCGGAGACAGAGGGAAUUAAGGUUCACGCCAUGUCCAACUUCCUGUGGAUGGUGCGGUGCAUCUUCGAGACAAACAGCGAGGACGUGGCUCGGCUGACUGCCAAGGGGAUAUCGGCAGACUACCUCAAGCUGGCCUUCUGUAACAUAUACUCAGCCGACUGCAGCGCUAUCAACUUUGUGCUGCAUCAUCAUCGUAAGUGCCUUGGGGUGGACAUGGACAACAACAACAUCUGUGACUAUGGAGUGAAGCAGCUCAGACCAAGCUUCAGUAAAAUGACAGUGGUGAGGCUGUGUGUCAAUCAGAUCACAGACAGCAGCAUUGAGGUUCUUGCUGAGGAGCUGAUCCGGUACAAAAUAGUCAAAGUUCUGGGGUUGUACAAAAACCACAUCACUGAUGCAGGUGCCAAACUGGUUGCCCAGAUCAUCGAGGAGUGUCCUCGGCUCAUUACAGUCAAACUCGGCCUGAACAGAAUUACCAGCAUUGGUGGAAAGUACUUGGCCUCUGGUAUCAAGAAGAGCAAGUCUAUCUUUGAUGUAGGUAUGUGGGGGAAUACCAUUGGGGAUGAGGGAGCGGAGGCCUUCGCUGAGGCUUUGAGGAAUCACACAAGCCUGACCAAUCUCAGCCUCUCCGCUAACGGGAUCACUUCACAGGGAGGAAGGCACAUAGCCAAAGCGCUGAGCGAGAACUCAAGCCUUCACAUCUUCUGGCUGAUUGGGAACAAAAUUUCAGACGAAGCAGCGUCUGAUCUUUCAGAGGCCAUCAAAAUCAACAGUGGACUCACUCAUGUCAUGUUGAUUGACAAUCAGUUCUCUGUGCAUGGAGCCAAACUGCUGUCAGAGGGCCUGUCCCAUAACACAACACUAAAGGAGAUCAACCUGAAGGGAAACCUUGUCUCUGAAGAGGAAGAGAAACACUUUGUGGCUGAACCGAGACUACGCUUCCACUGAGCACAACAGAGCACUUAAUUCAUGCACCUGGCAGGGAACCAGAUCCAACCGCUGACCACAUCUCACCCCACAGUAUCAGCUCCCACUGAGAAAAACCUUUUGUAAAUGUAUGUAGCGUUAUGCUGGUUUGAUUGUACACACAGUUAAAAACAUAUGCAAAUCAUGUACAAGAGUGAUUUAAAACGUAUUCUGUUCUCAUUGUGUAACGGAGUCAAAAACUGCCAUCAGUGACGUGUUGCAAUUAUUUUUGCAUCAUUGUUUUGCACAUUUUUAUAGCUUCAUGUCUUUCUGAAUGUCUUAUGGUCAUCACAAGUAGCCUGUACUUUUACCAGUGAAAUACCAGUUUCUGCAGUGAUAACAGUGUUCUGUGACAAAAUAAUUAUGUUAAAAAUUGCAAAAAGAAACACACACAGACACAUAUAUUGUAAAGAUUCAAAAUUGUGCUUCAAAAGAUUUUGCUCUUUUAAUUUCAUAUAUCUGUACAUAUUUUUUUAACAUAAAUGGAAUGUUAUGACAUAUUUGAAUAU